GCUGUCCCGGGCUAACCCUGCUCCUCGCUGAAGAUGGAGGAAGUAAAAACAGGAUUACCCUUAGCUACAGAUCCUCUGCCUUAGUUUCCACCACCCACUGCAGUGCACAAACACACGUUAGGCACAGGAGAGGAAGGAACAGAGAGGACACACUAACAGUAAACACAAACAAAAGGGUGAUGGCAGUAUUUUACUGCAGGCACUGCUGAGCCCGACAUUGUCACCUCCUCUUUGAGGGGUUAGAAGAAGCAGAGAUCUCCCGACAGAGCUGGAAAUGCAUUGCACUUUGACUAUGGAAACAGAGGCUAUUGAUGGCUAUAUAACGUGUGACAAUGAGCUUUCACCUGAAAGGGAGCACUCCAGUAUGGCAAUUGACCUCACCUCAAGCACACCCAAUGGACAGCACGCCUCACCAAGUCACAUGACGAGCACAAAUUCAGUAAAGCUAGAAAUGCAGAGUGAUGAAGAGUGUGACAGGAAACCCCUGAGCCGCGAAGACGAGAUCAGGGGCCAUGAUGAAGGUAGCAGCCUAGAAGAGCCCCUAAUUGAGAGCAGCGAGGUGGCUGACAACAGGAAAGUCCAGGAGCUUCCAGGCGAGGGAGGAAUCCGGCUUCCGAAUGGUAAACUGAAAUGUGACGUCUGUGGCAUGGUUUGCAUUGGGCCCAAUGUGCUUAUGGUACAUAAAAGGAGUCACACUGGUGAACGUCCCUUCCACUGUAACCAGUGUGGAGCUUCCUUUACUCAGAAGGGCAACCUUCUGAGACACAUAAAGCUACACUCUGGAGAGAAGCCGUUCAAAUGUCCUUUCUGUAGCUAUGCCUGUAGAAGAAGGGACGCCCUCACAGGACACCUCAGGACCCACUCUGUGGGUAAACCUCAUAAGUGCAACUACUGUGGACGAAGCUACAAGCAGCGCAGUUCAUUGGAAGAGCACAAGGAACGCUGCCACAACUAUCUCCAGAAUGUCAGCAUGGAGGCCACGGGGCAGGUCAUGAGUCACCAUGUACCUCCUAUGGAAGAUUGUAAGGAACAAGAGCCUAUUAUGGACAACAAUAUUUCUCUGGUGCCUUUUGAGAGACCUGCUGUCAUAGAGAAGCUCACGGGGAAUAUGGGAAAACGUAAAAGCUCCACUCCACAAAAGUUUGUGGGGGAAAAGCUGAUGCGCUUCAGCUACCCAGACAUUCACUUUGAUAUGAACUUGACAUAUGAGAAGGAGGCUGAGCUAAUGCAGUCUCAUAUGAUGGACCAAGCCAUCAACAAUGCAAUCACCUACCUUGGAGCUGAGGCCCUUCACCCUCUGAUGCAGCACCCGCCAAGCACAAUCGCUGAGGUGGCCCCAGUCAUAAGCUCAGCUUAUUCUCAGGUCUAUCAUCCAAAUAGGAUAGAAAGACCUAUCAGCAGGGAAACCUCCGAUAGUCAUGAAAACAACAUGGAUGGCCCCAUCUCUCUCAUCAGACCAAAGAGUCGACCCCAGGAAAGAGAGGCCUCUCCCAGCAAUAGCUGCCUGGAUUCUACUGACUCAGAAAGCAGCCAUGAUGACCACCAGUCCUACCAAGGAAACCCUGCCUUAAAUCCCAAGAGGAAACAAAGCCCAGCUUACAUGAAGGAGGAUGUCAAGGCUUUGGAUGCCACCAAGGCUCCUAAGGGCUCUCUGAAGGACAUCUACAAGGUCUUCAAUGGAGAAGGAGAACAGAUUAGGGCCUUCAAGUGUGAGCACUGCCGAGUCCUUUUCCUAGACCAUGUCAUGUACACCAUUCACAUGGGUUGCCAUGGCUACCGGGACCCACUGGAAUGCAACAUCUGUGGCUACAGAAGCCAGGACCGUUACGAGUUUUCAUCACACAUUGUUCGAGGGGAGCACACAUUCCACUAGGCCUUUUCAUUCCAACGGGGACCCCUAUGAAGUAAUGAACUGCACAUGAAGAAAUACUGCACUUACAAUCCCACCUUCCCUCGGAUGUUGACAUACCUUUUUUUAAUAUUAUUACUAUUAUUAAUUCUUAUUUUGUGGACACACUGUCAUUUGCUCUGCCUAAUUACCAUAAGGAAGAAACAGAAGAGAGAAGGGACAGGGGAUAUUGUUUCUUGAUAACUCGGCUUGUUUAUUUUGUGAGAAUUUAAGAGCGGUUCAUUUCUGCCAUGCGUAGAUAUAAGGCAUAUCGUGCUUUGAAAAAAAAUCACUUGAUUCGUAACGACUUACCUAAGAGAUUCUAAUUUGCCACUGAUGUUCAGGAUGAUGACUGAAGGCAGGAAAGUUUAUUCUGGGUAGGACUUUUGCAGUUUAAAACGGCAUAAGUAAUUUUACUCUUCAGAGAAGAAUUUGUUUCAAAACGUCAACGUUUUUUUUUUCCUCUAAAGAUCAUGUAACACAAACACAUUGGUAUUUUCAGUGAUAACCCCACAGAUGAGUUGUUGUUGUGGGUUCUGAGUUUACUUCCCCUAUGGAAUUUGUAAUGCGGUAUGUUAUACACUGUACCAUAUAGCAAAACUUUUCAACUCCAGGUAGUUAAGGACACCUACAGUACAUCUGAGGUCCGAUGAUCUUAUUUUUCUAAACCUAAGCACUGUUUUUCCAUAGUUUUGAUGACUGGCAUUUUAUAGACACCCUGGCAGCCUUACUUUGAACACCUUUAAUGAAUAGUAUUUUUAUCUAGUUUUCAGAAUAACAUAUGGUCUAAGAGUGGCCAAGAGGCCGUCAGUAGUUUCCAGAAGGGACCUCUACUUUUCAUAGAUUUGGGAAGUUUUCUUUUAAAGUUGUAAUGUGAUGGCAGCAUAGUAUACGUAUUUGUUUCUGAAAGUAUGCUUACAAUUGUCACUUUAUCAGCAUUUAAUCAGUGUUAACCAGUCAGCAGAAAAAUAUAAUUAGGCUAACAGUAGGGGGAAAAAAGCCCACUCAGAAAUCCCUUUUCUGGUAUUUCUCUUUUCACUGGUUUCUUCAAGCUGUGACCACCCAAUGUUCUGUCCAUAGUCCAUUCAUCUUUUGCUCUUCGAGUGGAAGGUCUUAAAAAUCUUGCUGUCGGCUAUUUCUUUCAAAAUCUCAGCGCAAUUGCUAGUUUGACCUGAAUGUGGUAACUUGAACCACAUAAGGUUACAGAACUCGGGCUAUUUAUUCUCAUAUUUCUUCAAUAAUAAUAUUUACCACUUUUGGUACAAGGAAAGGGGACUUUGUAACCUGUACGUUGGACUAUACGUAAAACAAACAAAAAAAAUGAAGCUUAUUUUCACCCUGCUUGGAGUCUAGAAUGUAUCUGAACCCCCAAGUCAAAGAGACCAUGUCCUGACCAUUUUUCUGUCUCAAAAACAUUCAACUAUUUAUAAGUCCUUGUCAGAGGUGACUCUCAAUCCCUUAGUACAGAAUUUCUCUUCCUUUAGUCUAUACCUGUGUUGCCAUAUUUCCUGUGCAGAUUUUCAUUUCAUUUAUAUGGGUGCUCUGUGUUUUCUUUGCAGUCCAACAGCAUUAGAGGGGAGGAAUGAGUGAGAUUGUUAGGCCAUUUUGGGAGACACACAUGGAGGCAGAGCUGGCUGCUUAUAAGGGAGGCCAGACCUGACCAUGACUGGAUUAUCUGAUACCCAUUUAUGAAUACUGAAAUUCUGUUAAGCAGUUAACUGAUAACUGCUCUAAAAAAAAAAUCAUUAAAUAGGAUGCUGAAAGUAUGUUUCUUAAUACAGAAUGAUGUGAGAAUUAGCAAGACUAGAGAGCUAUAGAGAGAGAAGCGAAUAUCCAAUAUUGGCCCCAAUACUGCUCUUCACUCAUUUUCUAGUUUAUCAUCUGCUUAUUUAAGUGAUUUCUAAGCAUGAACACAGCUAGAGCUAGGCAAAAUGGUUACAACUCAGCUCUCUCUUACUAGCCCCUGUUGUAAUUAUUUUUGAAGAGAUAUACAAACUCUUCCUUUAAAUCUAAGAGAAGGCACCAAAACAGAGAU